UUUGAAUCCGAAAUCCGAAAGAUGGUGACCAGUCUCCACCAAGCAGGAUAUGUGCAUGGCGACAUUCGAACUACCAACAUCAUGGUGAAGAGGGACUGUACACCCAGAAUCAUGCUAGUUGACUUUGACUGGGCAGGUGUACCUGGGGAAGUACGAUAUCCAAUGAACGUGAACAAUGCAGAAAUCAAGCGGCCUUCCGGAGCGGAUGAUGGCGAGCUUAUCCUGGCCGACCAUGGUGUGAAAAUGAUUGAUUACAUGUAUCUAAUCACAAUUCCCGGGUCCUGCAAAAUUUUCGCCCGGGACUGA